AUGACUACAGCAUCUCUUGAGGAGCCCAAGUCAGGGGCCAACGUUGACAUCCUGAAGAUGGCACAGCAACUUCAGCAUCUGGCCCAUUUCUUGUCCCAAGGCCAUCCAGUCCCAGGACUUAGCGUAUCAGAAAAGGAUCUCCAAGUUGCGCGUGUGCUAAGCCUCGUCACCAACGUUACAUCCCACCGCCGACACUCAGACUUGGGCUUUCCCCGAGAGUGGGUUGAGGAUGAUGGUGCCCUUGCCAUUGCACUUCGUGAAUGGAGACGGGAUAUCGACCCGAAGCAACUGAGCAGUACACCCCUUGUGGACGAGAAGCCUGCGCAGACAACAGUCACUCCCACAGAGGCUGAGGUCUCAGAGGCUGACAUUGAGGCUCAUGCGAAUGGGUCAUUCUUGUCACACUCCAUGAAGGGAGAAGCUCACUGGGUUGCGAAGAUGAAGGAGCUUGAGAAGAAGCUCCGACAAACCGAGCAAGAAAAAGAGUCUGUUGUCCGGGAGAAUGUCAAGCUUCAGCGCGACGUGGAAGCGCUUCAGCGCCAGUCACAGUCUUUUCGCCGUGCCCUUUUUGACCCCAAACGCAAAAUCCACGAGAAUAACCUGAAGGUGAAGGUGAAGCUCAAUGGCGAGAUUCGCCAACUCCAAAGUUCACUUACUGUAGUGAACAGUAAGAAUGAGUCCCUCGUGGAGAAGAACAAGGAGCUGAAGUCAUGUAACACAGAUCUCGUUAUGGAGAACGAAGAGCUUCUUGAGAAGAAUACGCAGUUGGAGUCAUGUAACAAGACUCUCGUCACUGAGAACAAAGAUCUUGUUAAGAAGACUGAAAAGCUGGAGUUGAGUAAUUUUGAUCUCCUUACUGAGAAUGCAGCUUUUGAUGCGGAAAUCAAGCGUCUGGGUUCAGAUCACGAGACUCUUAUUACUAUGGCCCAGAAGUUCCUGGAUAAGCAUGCACUCUCGACAGAGGCUACGAAGAAGCACGAGGAGACUCUUGUUGCAGAGAACCAGGCCUUGAGGAGGAGAAGCAAAGCCCUCGUGAAGGCAAUUGCAGCCAUGAAGCUCGACAGCAAGCGCUGCGCCGCCCAGGUCGAAGACCUUGACAGCAGUAAGGAUUUCUUAGCUGCUCAUAAUAAUGACCUUUCGAUUCGGAAUGCAGCCCUUGCUGACAAGAGCAAACGACUUGAAGAGACUCUUAACAAGAUUGUUAUGGAUGCGAAGUGUUCGCUAGGCGGUUAG